CAAGGCUUUUUAGCAAAUCGUGUUGAAUUGCAGUUUUUACAGUGUGCGUUCGUCCGCUCCUUCAUGUCUGUGGUAGUUCAGCACCUAAGGGAAAAUGCACCUGAUUUUGAAUCGGUAUAAUGUUUUCUAAGAUAUAUUUCAACACCGAGGAGGAAAUGGUCCUAAAGUAAAUUUAUAAUAAGUAAUAAAUGUGCACCUGGAAGUAAAGUAUUUACAGCAUUUUAAUCCCUAUUUAUACCGUGCAUCUCAAACUGAGGAGGAAACACUGAGAAGACAAAAGUACCUCCGAGACCCUGAGAACUCCCCCACACCACCAUGAAUGAAACCGUGCCCGAUACAGUAACUGGAUUAUAAUUUUUCGUGUUAUUAAUUUUAUUAUUAUUGGCUGCUUUACUUUUUUGGGUUCAUCCUACUCCUCUUCUUCCUCUCUCCCUGUUGCUGCUUCCUCUUGGGAAUAAUGGCUCACCCGGGGAGAAGAGGCUACGAUAACCGGGAGAUAGUGCUGAAGUACAUCCACUAUAAACUCUCGCAGAGGGGAUACGACUGGGCUGCCGGUGAGGACAGGGCUCCCCUGCCUCCAGGUCUCUCUCCUGCUGCUGCUGCUGCUGCUGGGACUUCCUCUGAUCACACUGGGCUGGUGUCUCCGCACCCCGAGCCCCCCGGCUCGGCUGCUGCUAGCCAUGCGCCCCCGGCCGAGGGGCUGCACCCCGUGCCCCAGGUCGUCCACCUCACCCUGCGCCAGGCAGGGGACGAGUUCUCCCGUCGCUACCAGAGGGACUUUGCCCAAAUGUCUGGCCAGCUGCACCUGACGCCCUUCACGGCCAGGGGCCGCUUCGUGGCGGUGGUGGAGGAGCUCUUCCGAGAUGGGGUUAACUGGGGCAGAAUCGUGGCCUUCUUCGAGUUUGGUGGUGUGAUGUGCGUGGAGAGCGUCAACCGGGAGAUGUCUCCCCUUGUGGACAGCAUCGCUGCCUGGAUGACUGAGUACCUGAACCGGCACCUGCACAACUGGAUCCAGGACAACGGAGGCUGGGAUGCCUUCGUGGAGUUGUAUGGCAACAGUAUGAGGCCUUUGUUCGAUUUCUCCUGGAUCUCUCUGAAGACUAUCCUGAGUCUGGUUCUGGUGGGAGCUUGCAUCACUCUUGGCGCUUAUCUCGGACAUAAGUAGAGUCACUCAGAUUGUCAUGGAUUACAGAAGUCUUUCAAAACAACAAAAUAAUAUUUUUUUUUCUGUAGAACAAUGAUAUUUUAUGAGCAAAUCAACUUCCCAGCUAAAGAUUAAAUCAGCUAUUACUGCCAAAGGAAAUAUCAUUUAUUUUUACAUUGCCGGAAAAUUAUUUAUUAAAAGAUAUUUACAUUUUAACCUGCUAGUUUCAGAAACUCUGCAAGUUGUAUCUGUCAUCACGUCAUGUUGUUAUUCUUAACUUUAAUGAGCCCCAAAGUAUUUUAGGUUCUUUUUUUAAUUAAUACAGCUGGCUGGAUUAUUUUAUCUCUGAAAAGCAAAUAUACUGACAAAGACCUACCUGCUUACACUUACAAGGGCAGUUACUUGAGCUGCUAAAGGCUGCGUAAUUGUGUUGAUUUUCCUUAUAUUUUCUGGAUGGCUGGAAGGGAUCUGAAAGACAAGGUCAGCGUGAACAAAGUUCUCACCCUGUCCUGCUGGCAAGAACUGACAGAGUAAAUGAUUCAACAUGGUACAUACGUGGAGUCAAGAUGGCAACUUCUUGAAGGACACCUGUCUAUCCCUACAGGAGAGCAGUUGGAAAUACGAUUGCCUAUGCCUUGUAAACAUGCGUUUUCAAGUUACCAGUUGUGCCAUCACGUCAUAGUCACAAUAUCCUAAUACAUGUCAACUCAAAUACUAUUUUUUUUUUUAUUUUUUUUUUUAGCAGAGUUGUGAAGUUAAAUCUUUGGGGCUUGCAGGAAAUUGCCAUUACCAUGAUUUUCUCAGCAGUAAAACGUUGUGGUUUUGGGUUUGGUUUUGGUUUUUUUGCGGCUACUGACACAGAAACAUCAGGAGACCUUAAGUGCCUGCUUUGACAGAGCAGAGCUGGAGUCUGAAGACCUGACCUGUGUCCCACUUUAGUGGGCUCAUAUCUGCAACUAAUCCUGUUUACUUACUGAGUUCCUCCAGGGGUUUGAAACCAAUUAGAUGUGGUCUCUAAAUCCCUGAAAGUUGAAAAAGAUCUUAAUUUUAUUUGGCAAGAAGCAGACCUCAGCUGAGUUACAGAUUAGCUCUGACUAUCCUUGUUUAUCAAACUGGACACCAAAAUCAAGUUCAUUUUCAUAACAGGAAAAGAAAGUGAGCUUUAUCCUCCUGCCCCUUGCCCUCAAAAUUGUUUCACGCUAAUAAUUUCCUAAGACUGUCUACAGAAGUAAAGAUGAUGAAGAAACUCCAAAUCCUCUCUCUGGACAGAGACUCUCUGACACCUCCAUCGCGCGGGUGCCUGUUGCUGUUUUGAGCGAAAACAGGGUGGAGGAAAAGGGGUGGGGGCGAAGUCGUCUGCUCAUGUUACAAAAUGCAACUCCAGUAAAAUCAAUGCCGAAUACUCAGUAUACAGUUUUAUAAACAGACCUGUGUUCUGAAACCAGAUGUGUCAAUGCAUUUUAAAGCUGGGCUUUCCGUCCGCUCGGAGGGGGCCAGGAGUCCCGAUGAAGCCGAAGAACCUGAAGUGCGUACCACAGGUUGCUCCGAGGCGUGGAAAUGUCCAGCGUCAAAUGUUUAAGUCAAGCAUAGCUAUUUUUUCUAUGAAACUUUCGAAAUCUGGGCAUCCAGACAUAAAACGAAAAGGUUGCAAAGCUCUGGUUGAAAUAUACCGUACUAUACAUAAGUGCUCUAAGGGUGACAAAAAUACAGUGAAUAAACUGUAGAUUCAACCUCAAGAUUUCAGUUGAAUAACUUUGUGGCAUUAUAUGCAAAAUAUCUCCAUUAACUUGGGAAUGUAAUAUGUUCAAUGUUAAGGCUGUAGUUGAUGUUGUGUCUUCAAAGCUGCUUUUUUGUUUGUUUGUUUGUUUUUAAGAGUUGUACAUCUCAGCAUUUUUACUGCUAUUUAGUUGUGGCACCAACACUUUGUAUGAGCAAAGAUGGGGCGAGCUUACAUUUCAAAUUUGAAAUUACUUUUAAUUUUAUGGAAACAUAGAAAGGAAAUGUUUCUAAAAACACAAAUAAUGUGAUCUAAACUAUGCUUGAUUAAAGAAAAAUGAAAAAUCUCACCAUCAAACAAAAAGCACCUGCCGUGUUUUUAGAGUGCUUCUGUCAGAAGUGGGCAGAUUCACCUGAAAAAUACUCAAAAUGGGAGCAACCGAAUAUUGUGGAUUGAGUGUGGGCUUGCUUUGUUUUCAGCUUCCAAGCUGAAUUUUGUCUGCAGCCAGUUUCAAAACUGGAAUUGGCUGGUAUUGAGCUAAUGUUUCAUUUCACAAUCUAGUCUUCGUUUCAGUUUGUGCCCAUAUGCCCAUUAAAGUUCAUGAACUAUUAGACCUCAAAUUGUUUCAAUAUUGUUUAUUUUAUUAAAGGUUUACAUUGACAAAAGUAGUAAAAAAUUAACUGUCAAUUCCAGUGCUGCUAUACUACCAGGAUAAUUCGAAUGGGUUUUAUUUUUUAAUACCUUCCAAUGGCAAAAGAGUUUUAAAGCUGCUUUAGAAAUAAUAUGAAGAAGACACAUGAUACACAUUUAAAUAAAUACUGAGGAUGUUGUGUUCUGUUGUGUCUACUCACUGGACUUCCCAGUGUAUUAGUUAAUGCCAAGCAAAGAGUUGUGAUGACUGUUGAUGAUUUUAUUUUAUUAAAGAGCUAAUGGAGUUUUCCCAUCCUGACUGCAGAAUAGUACAGUAUUGUGGCUGCAUUAGGUAUAAUGAUAGUUGAUAAUACAUUUAUUAAGAAACAUAUUAGAAACAUUGAAUGUAUAUAAAAGCUUGAACUUCUUUAAUAAAAUCCUCUCACUCCUGCAUUUCUUUUGCAGUAA